CACACCAUUCCUUGUACAUUCUUUAUACACCUUUAUAAAAAUAUCUAUGAUCUCUAAUAGGAACGUGUCUCCUCGAUGAGUUCACUGUCGGUAUUGAUGCGGCUUUAAAAAUACGAUUUUCAAGCAGAGUCCAAAAGCUCAUCGAUAUAUUUACAAACCGGGAUCGAGUGGUGAAGAUUUAUUCGCGAAAUUAAUAUAGUUUCACUACACGUUCCGAGCUGCCGCAAAUAUUUCAACGACAAGAGGUUAUGAGCGAGCAUUCCUACUAACGGCAUGCUGUGCACUUGAAUCGGUACUGAUUUUAACAAGAAUUAAAAGUGAUCAAUCAAAAUGAGGUGGAUAUCUCCAAAAUUCUCGUUACCCGUUUUACUCGGCUUGUCUCUAACAAGCAUGGGCAUUGCUAUGCUGUAUGUACUAUACAAAAAGGAAGAGGAGGAAAGUAAAUCGAAAGUAUUUAAAACACAGAGGCCAAAUACAGUGGAAUACAAAGUGCAACGACAGCACGUGCCUGCCGUUAUUGGGAGAGCUGGGUCAACGAUAAAAGCCGUGGAAGAUAGAACAAGGACGAAGAUACACUUUAACGAAGACAACAUCGAGAAUCCUGAGCGCGUUUGCAAGAUAACUGGAAGCUUGGAAGGUAUAAAUUUGGCCAAGUCUAUGAUCAAGUCUAUCAUCGACAAUCAGCCUGUGAUCGAGACGUACGAGAUACUAGUGCCUCAGAGAGCUUGUAAUAAAAUAAUAGGAAGAAACGGUGAAACUAAACGACAGAUUCAAGCGAGCUCCAGUGCUAAGAUCAUCCUGGAGGGCAGCUUCUCUCACGAUACUAAUGCAGAAAGGAGGAUCAUUAUAAAGGGAACGGCUGAGCAGAUCGCCGCGGCUUUAUCACAGAUCGAAGAAAAGGUUCGCGAAGUGAAGGCAAUACAUACCAGGUUGGAAGCUUCCUCAGCUUCUAGGCAGCCUAGAGGGAAACUGUCUCCACAUGGCAGCAGAGUCAACGCGUCCGAACAAACCCAAGCAUCGCCUGAAAUCUCGUCCUUACAAGACUGCACGAUGGAAGUGUACGUAUGUGCCAUGGAUACACCUAGUCAAUUCUGGGUGCAGGUAGUCGGAUCUGGAACAACGGCCCUCGAUAAACUCGUGUCAGAGAUGAGCGCGUAUUACAGCGACGAGGAAAACCAGCAGCUACAUACGCUGAGAAAUAUAACGAUCGGGCAAAUGGUCGCUGCGAAAUUCAGCUUCGACGAGCAGUGGUACAGAGGAGAGAUUAUUUCUAUAACCGAGGACAACCGAUACGAUGUUUACUUCGUCGAUUACGGGGACCACGAGCUGGUGAAUUUCGAGUACGUGUACGAGCUUCGGACCGACUUCCUCAGCCUGAAAUGGCAAGCGAUCGAGUGCUCGUUGGCGAACGUGAAGCCGCGGCAGAGCGAAUGGUCUAUAGAAGCUUGCGAUAGAUUCGCAGAGCUGGCUUGGGUGGCUCAGUGGAGGAUCCUUGUAGCCAAAGUUAGGAGGUAUAAGGAAAGGACUGUUAAUUGUAGGAGAUCGCGUCGCGAGGGCUCGCCCAUCCCCUGCGUCGACCUCUUCGACAAAAACGAAGACAAGGAGAUAAAUCUCGGUCAAGAACUAAUAAACGAAGAGCUAGCCGAGCCUGAAGAAUCCUUCUUAUCAGGAGCCUCGUCGACAUUGUCCUUGUCGACACGAAGCCACGAAAUCACGACUGUUUCCAGUCCUACGUCCGUCUCCCCGUUACCGAAACGAGGUUUCAACUCCGAAUCACUAGUAAAAGCUGAGCGUGAAUCCGAUUCGAACACGGAAUCACUAAACACUUCAGUCACCGAGUUAGACAACAUAUCAUCAUCAUUAAAAGUUGAAGAAAUCAAUCUAAUAACACCUAACGAAACUGUGGAACGAAUCGAGGAGAUCGACCUGGUGACUCCGAAGAAGGACGAGUCUAGUCGUUUCAUCGCAAACGAGACAAAAGGAUGGGCAGAAGACGGGAGCGGUGAUUACAUGAGAAACUGUGAUAGCAAUCGGAAAUCUGGGAGUUCUCAGUCGAAACCGAUGUCCUGCGCUCCGGGCGGAUACGAGGACGAACUGACGGAAGACUCCGAUCUCGAGCUGGGGUAAACCAGCCAUAUUUCUCACGCUUUUUCUCUUUUCUUUAGUAUAGAACGUUUAAGCCUGAUAAGAUAAGCAACGAGAUGUAGAAUAGGGUUUAACUCUGUUUAUGCUUCCUUCCUUUUGUAUGAAACUGUAUUUUUGUUUGUCGAUUCAGGAAGAAGAUAGAAUCGUUUCCAUUAGAGAUCAUUGCUUUAGAAAGAUAUUUAAUUACUCCUAAGAGAAUGUUAAUUAGUACUGUGUUUGUAUGCUCAAAGCGUGUGCCUUAAACUGCUUGUAACCGAUUGAAACAGUGUAUACAUAAAAAUAACGCGUAGAAUCUAAGAUCCGAGUAUUAGAUCUAUAAGGAAAACCACGUAGAUCGUUCUAUUUUUGUAAGAUAACUUAAUUAGUUAAGAGCUCGUUCUCGUAGCCGAUUAACAGGAAAUAAAUGAUAGAUUAUUCGAUUAAUUUAAAACAAUCUUAUUUAUUUCCUGUCGAUGGGAGAAACCGCCAAACGAUUUUAUUAUUGUACCUAAGAUACCGCUUUUUUUUAGUUUCUCUUAUUGUUAUCAGAGAUUUAUUUUUGUUUAAACAAAAGGUCGCUUCGUCUAACGAUGCCAUAGAUCUGUUCGUUUUACCUGGAGUUGGUAUGAAAUCUGAAGAACGCAAAGAUUCUCUUCUAGCCAACUCCGGUUUUAACGUUACCGUUCACGAUUUUUUUUAACAAAUAAGUGUAAACGAAGCAAGAUGAAUAAUAAAACGUGUUAAGAUAC